AUUUGAUGAAACUGUGGAUAUUUUUGUGUUAACAGAGCAGACAUUUUUUAUGUGACACCUGGAUAACACCUGUAAUCUGGAAGUUGAUUUUUAGCCUGAUGUCUCUCAUUUGGCUGACGUUGUUGUUCUCAGCUCAUCUGGCUGAAUGUGUGCCAGAGAAGCCAAAGAGAUCAGCUCUGAAUCAGCUGACCAGGACCCUUCUCAGGAAAUAUGACUGCGGAGUUCGACCUGUACACAACUGGACCAGUCUCACAACUGUCUACAUAGACCUCAUACUACAGUCUGUCCUUGACGUGGAUGGAAACGCCCAGAGCAUAACUACAAGUAUUUGGUACAGACAGAUCUGGACAGAUGAGUUCCUGGUUUGGGACCCAGAGGAGUUUGAUGGUAUCAAUGAGAUCUCUCUGUCAUCUGAUGCCAUCUGGGUACCUGAUAUUAUCGUUAGUGAAUUUGUGGACGAGGGGAAGUCCCCUCCGAUCCCCUAUGUGUAUGUCAACUCCUCUGGCUCAGUGAAGAACUACCGGCCCAUGCAGGUGGUGCUGGCAUGCAGCCUGGAGAUGUACGCCUUUCCAUUUGACAAGCAGAACUGCAGCCUUACCUUCCGCAGCUGGCUUCACUCAGUGAAGGAAAUAGACCUGGCUCUGUGGAGGAGCGCAGAGGCCAUUGCUAAUGAUAAGAGGGAGUUCAUGAAUGACGGAGAAUGGGAACUGUUGUCCAUUCCUUCCAGCUACUGGCAAAUCCACCAAGACAACACUGACUAUGCCCACAUCCAGUUCAAUGUAUUGAUCCGCAGACGCCCCCUGCUGUAUGUGGUGGGUCUCCUCAUCCCCAGCAUCUUCCUCAUGUUGGUAGAUGUGAUCAGCUUCUAUCUGCCUCUGAACAGUGGCACACGCAUUGCCUUUAAGAUCAGCAUACUGCUGGGCUACACGGUCUUCAGAGUCAACCUGACAGAUGACCUGCCUUCCAAUGCAGUCAGGACUCCACUCAUAGGUGUGUUCUUUGUGGUGUGCAUGGCCCUGCUAAUGCUCAGCCUGAUCAAGUCUAUACUGGUGGUGAAGCUGCUCCACCACAGUGAGAAGGAGGUCAGGCAAAUGUCAGUGUCUGCCUGCCUGCUGGACAAGUAUGGCUCAGCUGGUCACGACUUCACUGAGAGUGCUUUGACCUCCAUCAAAGCCCUUGACUACAUCAACCCAUUGCAAGAUUAUGAGCUUGAGCCCUCACUGGAGGAGGAUCUGCUGUCCCUGAAUGAGAUCCAGGCUGCUCCCUCUGGGCUGGAGUGGCUUCUCCAGGAGCUGGUUUCCCUCCGCCUGGCCUUAUCCCAGGAAGACACGGAGUCUUCGGCUCAGGCUGAAUGGCUGGCCCUCUGCUCUAAGCUCGACUGCUUCCUGUUCCGCUUUUACCUGUUGGUUUUGGUCUUCUAUACCGGUACUCUGCUGUUGCUCUGGGCCAGUUGGAGCUUCGCCUGACCACACAAUCAUCAGACAUAAUGAUUUUUUAAUAUUGUAGCUGAAAGCACUUCUUGCUUAUGGUGUUUACAUAUUUACAAUGAUUUGGGAUGCAGUACUUUAGUCUGUGUUGGAAAAUCCUUAAGCAGACGGAACAAUGUGUAUUUAAAAUAUACGUAUAAUAUAUACUGUGGUCAUAUCUAAUUUCCCUUCCAUAAGUUUUUAAAAAUGUAAUAGAAUAGAGGAUAUACUUUACAUUGUAUGUCAGUGCUGUUGACCAAUGCACUCAGCACAAACAAUCAGAACAUCAGACAUGUUGUAAACAACUGAGUUUAUCCAGUAUUAAAUCAGGCAGAGCGCUGAAGUCGUGCUCGCUUCAGCUGAUCAGCAUUGUAAAAUUGUCUUAUUGAUGAAUCAUAUUUUUGCUACCAAGUGGCCAGUAUCAUCCAAUCAUAUUCAUGCGUUUUAGUCAAGUGUUUUAGGUAGCCUUUAUAACUUGUCUCUAUUACUCUGCUGAUUCUCUAAUGCCACCGCCUCCACCACUCCAACUUCCUUCUCAUGUCUCAUGUCAUAUUAUACUAUUUCUGUAUCUGAUGCUGUACCCAAAGUGUUUGUGGAUUAGGUCUGUCAGCAGAAUCCUCGUUGCUGUAAAACUGUACACACACACACACACACACACACACACACACAACUGUGUUAAGUAUGGUAGGUCAAAGUUGAAGCAUGAAAUUUGCCUGUAAACUAUGAUGAAUGUUUACAACUGAAAAUAUGGGUAAUAAUUUUACUGUUUGACUUGGUUUUCUCUUCCAAAUAAGUUUGACUCAUCUGUUGUUUAUCUGGUUAUAUUUCUUGCCCCGUCUGACGUCUUUUUAGCAACAUCAUUGUGUUUCCAAAUCUGAGCUAUUAUGUUGGUGAGUAACAUUUGAUUACAACCGAUGCAAAUGAAACUAAGCUAAAACUAAAAAUGUUGU